GCCGUCGCUUUGGCAUCUCGGCCCAUACGAGAAGUAUAAGUACUCUUCCGGGUCCACCUGUCCUCAUCCAACUCGGCUUCCCUCUCCCCUCAGGACUAGUCCUAUUCCAUUCUCUUCAUUCUCGGUCUGUGAUCAUACAGCUUGUACUAGACGACCUGGUGUCCUCCCCCCACGACAUUUUGAGAAUAGCGACGUCACUAUCUAGACCACACUCACGAUUCCCAACAUGAAGUUCACUACUGUCUUUGUUGCCACUCUCUUCUCCGCUGCACUUGCUCUCCCACGAUACAUUCCUCGUGACAGUAGCUUCCUGAAGCAGAACGGCGAGGCGGCGAUUGCGUUGAACAACCAGUUCAAGUCUCUUACCGUGAACUCGUCCUGCACAGCGGGCGAGAACGCUUGCGUCAACGGGGAGUUUGCCCAGUGUGUCAACGGUGCAUUCGUAUUGACCUCUUGUGGCACUGGUGAGGUCUGUGCCGCGCUGCCGCUCGUCAACUCUGAGGGUACCAGCAUUACAUGCGCGACACAAGCACAAGUCAAUUCUCGCAUUGCCGCUACGGGAGCCACAUCCGCCUCGAAUGCCACAUCAUCUGCCUCACCUUCUAAUGCCACAUCUGCACCACCCUGUAUGUCGACUUUAGCUUCGGCUUCGGCUGUGGCUAUCGCACCCUCGUCCACUGCUGCCGCCUCGACUGCCAAUGCGUCUGAUGCGCAAUCAUCGUUCACGCUGCUCAGUUCUCUGGUUCAGACUGGGUUCUCGCAAAACGGUACCGAAGAUAGCAGCCCCGAGCCUGGCGAAAUCGCGUCCGUGACGUCGACGAACAACUUCAUCAACUUCUGUGCGACGGUCAACCUCCCGCUCACGAAUGGCACGCAGGUCGCAUCCGGAUCGUGCAACCCCGCGCCGAUGGGCGUCAUGCCGAACGUGAACAACACCCCCACGGCCAAGUUCGUCUACCCGGCGAACCUCGACACGGUCAAGGCGAACACGACCUUCACCGUUGUGUUGGCAAUUGACCACCUCGACACGGGCUUCUUCGUCAACCCGGCCACGAACUACUUCGCCGCGCCGCAGAUGGUCAACGAGACCACGGGCAACGUCAUGGGCCACUCGCACGUCGUGAUCGAGAGGCUCACCGCGCUCAACCAGACGACGCCGACGAACCCCACCAAGUUCUCGUUUUUCAAGGGCCUCAAUGACGUCGCGGUGAAUGGCACGCUGUCCACCGUCGUCACGGGAGGGGUGCCUGCGGGUGUGUACCGUCUCGCGUCCAUUAACGCUGCGGCGAACCACCAGCCCAUCCUCGCCUCCGUCGCACAGCACGGCGCGAUCGAUGACAUGGUCUACUUCAUGGCCGAAUGAGAGUCAUCGCCUCAUGACCUGAUGCACUUCAUCCACGUUUAUUCGUUGUUGACAACGAUAUGUAUGAGUUUUAGUUUCCGGCUCUGGUAUAGCUGUAACAUUAUUUCGGGUCAUCAAUCCUGUAUCGUUAGUCUGCACUGCACAUCACGCUCCCUAAUACAGACUCGUCCUUUGCCUCGAAUCAUAUUGAUCAUCCGCA